AUACUCCAAUAUUUUAUAUUUAGUUUCGUUUUGACCACAUUAUUUAUUUACUCGCAAAGCUGGUCCGAACUUCCUGCUUCUCUGUGAAGAAUUCUUGAAUUGCCUGAAACCCAUGGUGGUAAUUAUUCCACUUUUUCUAGCUAGUUUUUCGUUUCGGUAAUUGGAUGGAAGAAGCAUCUCAGAUACGCGUCGUGUAUAUGUCACUUUUUGUGUUGUUGAGGUAGAACCAUUGUUGAAAAUUUGCUCCUUUAUUUCUCCAGUUUCUUAGUCUCUUGAUUACGACCUUGAAAUGCAUUCGACCGGGAAGAGAAAUUUCUUAGCUGUUAUCAGAUUACUGUUUACUAGUUCGAGUUUGAUCAGAAAGGCUGGUUUUAGAAAUUCCUUGUCUGCUACCUUUGCCACCAGGUGUUCGACGUUAUGCCUGAACGACGCUGACAAAUGCAUUGUGGAUUCUGAGCUAUCGGUUGUAUCGUCUAGGAGAGUGAAUCACAUAAAAAAAGUUGAAUGCGUUGGUGAAAAAGAGAAAGUGAGAGAGAUUCCUAGUAGUCCUUUACAAGUUCUACGAAGAUGGGGUUGUGAUGAUGAUGAAAUAUCAAAGCUUUUUACUCGUAGGCCUGCUUUGCAGAGAGCCAAUGUUGCUCAGCUAGAGUUUAAGUUAAGCCUUCUUAAGCCGCUGGGGAUCACGUCUUCAGACCUUGUGAAGAUUCUUAAUUGUCGUCCGAGAUUCUUUAGUUGCCGUAUUCACCUUGUCCUUGAUGAAAGAAUCAACUACUUCAUGGAGAUUUUGGGGUCAAAAGAGGUGUUGCGCAGAGUCAUUAUCCGGAAUCCGUCACUCAUGUUGUAUGACCUCGAUGACAAGAUCAAACCCGCGAUAGAGUUCUACAAAGGGCUGGGCUGUAGCCAACAGGAUCUUGUCACAAUGUUGAUAUCCCGACCCACGUUGAUUCCAAGGACAAACUUUAACAAAGAGAAGUUUGAAUACAUUCAGAAAACUGGGGUCACAAGAGAAUCCAAGAUGUUUAAAUAUGUUGCAGCCAUCAUCGGGGUCUCGAGGAUGGAGACAAUCGAAGAGAAAGUUAGAAACUUGGAAAAGUUUGGGUUCUCGGAAGAAGAGAUUUGGCAUCUGUGUGGAAAAUGCCCAAUCCUUCUCUCUCUCUCAGUUGAGAAAGUACAGAGAAACAUGACUUUCGUCAUAGCCUCGAUGAAACUUCCAGCUCAUUCCGUGGUUAAGCACCCUUGUUUGCUUCUCCUCAACCUCGAGUCUCGUCUAAAACCUCGUGCGGAUCUCGUUAAGAGAGUCUUAGAAAUGCGUCUGAAGCCACUAAUAAAAGAAGUGAACAUUUUCACAGCGCUAAGGAUGAGCGAGAAACGGUUCUUGAAGGUUUAUGUAAUGUGUCAUCCAAAAGAUAUUGCAGACGAGCUGAUGGAGUUUUACGAGAAAUCCAAAAACAUGAAACGUUUGGCUGAGAAAUACAAGAAAUACAUCCGUAAAGGAUUCCCCUUUUGAAUAUCUCUUUUUCCAUUUUUUUUUUGUUUCUUUGAAUUUGUUCACUCAAAAUGUAACAUUGUGCAGAGAAAUUCACAUUGCAAGAUUUGAUAGAAUAAUGAGCUUUAUCAAUGAUGUUGAUACAUCAUUUGGUUA